CAAAGUCAGCACAGCCGGAGAGACGACGCGGGGAGUGCAGCCGCUCGCUGCUCCUCUUCCAAAAAUCCUCCUUUUCCCGUCUCCCUCUCCCUCCUUCCCCAAAUCCAAGAAGUUUUCAAUGCCCGAAGCCGACCGCCCAUUCCUCCCUCCCCGUGAACCCUUGCCCCAAGAAAUCUUCAUCUUCCUCCUCCUCUCCCCGGCCGCCGGAACCCGAACCCCCUGCUCGCCGUGUUCGUCUUUUCCCGGUCCGCUCCGGGCCGGCGCCAACCCGUCCGGCGCCUGCCGGCAUCUUUCUUGAUACUCCAGUAUUUCUAUCAGUAAUAUCUUCUGGGGAUUUCUUUCCUUUCUUGCUCCACAAAGGAAGCUUCUUGGCCUUCUUCCAAGAAUCGCGGCGCUGAAAUCUGUAUCGAUUUCUCCGGUUUGCUAGCUUCCUUCCUUGCUCGCUCGGAACUCGCAAGCUGCACACGCCUCCCAAAUCCGAAUUUAUCUCCCCGGCCAAAUGAGGCUGGUGGUGCGCGUGCUCGAGGCCCGGAACCUCCUCCCUUCCCCUGCGGCGGCGGCGGCGGAGGCGGCGGGCGACCCGUACGCGCGGCUGCAGCUGGGCCGGCAGCGGGCGCGGACCAAGGCGAUCAGGCGCUCCCCGACCCCGGCCUGGGACGAGGAGUUCGCCUUCCGCGUCGGCGACCUCGGGGAGGAGCUCCGCAUCUCCGUCGUCGACGAGGACAAGUACUUCUCCGACGACUUCCUCGGCCAGGUCAAGGUGCCCCUCUCCGCGGUCCUCGACGCCGACGGCCGCUCCCUCGGGACGCAGUGGUACCGGCUCAUGCCAAAGAGCAGCAAGUCCAAGACCAUCCGAGACUACGGAGAAAUCCGCCUGGCGAUAUCUCUGUCCCAGAGCUACCCCGAAGAGACAACCACGACGACGGCAGCGCUCGCGCACUGGGGCUCAGACGAGUUUACAUCCAGUUCAGACAAAUCGGCUGAACUAAGGAAGGGGUCUUCUCUGCCAAACAUCCCUAUGGAACCAUUCACACCGGUAGCAGUGCCCGGGAGUGAUGAACCAGAUAUCGCCAAAGAGGACAAAUCGAAUGUCGGACCAUCAUUCAUCAACCGGUUACAGCAGAUCUUCGCAGCGAAACCAAGAGACGCGGAAGCUUCUGUUCUUCCACCUGUCUCCAAGCAUGACCGCGGUUUGGAUACUCUCGAAGAAGAAACGCCGUCGACUAGCCCGCAAGUCUCUGAUAAGCAGGAUUCUGAAGCUAGUGCGAACAUGUCCUUCGAUGAACUGCUGAAAACCUAUGCAUCUAAGCAUGAAGGGAGCGACAUGCCUGAGAAUUUGGCAGGUGUUCUCAUUGAUCAGGCUUACGCUGUCGCGCCCAGUGACUUGAAUGUGCUUCUUUUCUCGCCGAGUUCUGAUUUUCUGCAGUCGCUUGCGGAGAUGCAAGGGACCACUGGUCUUGAUGUUCAACCAUGGAGGCUUGAAAGUGAUGGUCAGGUCUUGAAGAGGGUAGUAAGCUACACAAGAGCUGCCACUAAACUAAUUAAGGCCGUGAAAGCAACAGAAGAAGUGACAUACCAGAAGGCAGAUGAAGAUAUGUAUGCAGUUCUGGCGGAUGUCGAUACUCCUGAUGUCCCUUUUGGCAACAAUUUCAGGGUGGAGGUUUUAACAUGUAUAAUGCCAGGGCCUGAACUAGCAGAUGGUGAGAAAUCUUCACAUCUUGUCAUCUCUUGGCGCUUAAAUUUCGUGCAGAGUACCAUGAUGAAGGGAAUAAUAGAAAAUGGUGCGAAGCAAGGGUUGAAGGAUAAUUACAAUCAGUUCUCUGAGCUCCUUGCCCGGCAUGUCAGGCCAGUUGAUGCAAAGAACACGGCCACGACAAAUAUCGAAAGCCUGUCUUCGGUGCAACCGGAAACAGAAUCUGAUUGGAAGCUAGCUUUUCGGAUCUUCGGAAAUGUUACUGUUAUAUCCUCGCUGUUUGCGUUCAUCUAUGUCUUUACGCACAUCGUCCUGGCAGGUCCUAGUAUAAUCCAAGGUCUCGAGUUCCCUGGCUUGGACUUGCCAGAUUCUGCUGGUGAAGUUGUAGUUUGUGGGAUUCUUGUUCUGCAAGGACAGCGUGUCCUUAAUAUGAUUGCACGUUUCGUCCAGGCAAAGAGGCAAAGAGGCAGGGAUCAUGGAGUCAAAGCAAAAGGAAAUGGCUGGCUGCUGACUGUUGCUCUGAUUGAUGGGGCCAACUUAGCAGCAACCAAAUCAUCUGGAUACUCUGAUCCAUAUGUUGUAUUUACUUGCAAUGGAAAGACAAAGACAAGUUCGAUUAAGUUUCAUACUCUCGGGCCUCAGUGGAAUGAAAUUUUCGAAUUCGAUGCCAUGGAAGAUCCACCCUCAGUGAUGGAAAUAAACGUGUAUGAUUUUGAUGGACCCUUUGAUGAAGUCGCCUCCCUUGGUCAUGCUGAAGUAAAUUUCUUGAAAUAUAAUAUAUCCGAGCUUUCCGACAUAUGGAUUCCUCUCAAGGGAAAACUGGCGCAAGCAUGUCAGUCAAAACUCCAUUUGAGAAUUUUCUUGAACAACUCAAGGGGUACAGAAGUCGUGAAGGAUUACCUAGACAGGAUGGAGAAAGAGGUUGGCAGAAAGAUUGCUAUGCGGUCACCUCACACAAACUUAGAGUUUCAGAAGACCUUUUCUUUGCCACCAGAAGAAUUCCUUAUCAAUGAUUUUACUUGCCAUUUAAAGCGCAAGAUGCUCACACAGGGUCGCUUGUUUUUAUCUCCAAGAAUUAUUGGGUUCUACACGAAUAUUUUUGGUCACAAAACGAAAUUCUUCUUUCUUUGGGAAGAUAUUGAAGAUAUCCAAUUGGUUCCGGCAACCCUAGCUUCGAUGGGGAGCCCAUGCCUGCUGAUUAUUCUUCGCAAGGGCAGAGGAUUGGAUGCAAAGCAUGGUGCAAAGCAACUGGAUGAUGAAGGGAGACUCAAGUUUCAUUUCCAAUCUUUUGUGUCAUUCAAUGCGGCACAAAAGACAAUAAUGGCACUGUGGAAGGCGAGAUCCUUGACCCCUGAAGAAAAAAUUCAGCUGGUAGAAGAGGAAUCAGAUACCGAAGACCUCCAAAAUGAGGAAAGUGCAUCUUUCUUAGAGAUAGAGGAUGCCAAAAUGUCAGAAAUAUUUAAAUCUACAAAACAUCUGGAUGUGUCAACACUCGUGGGGAUAUUUGAGGGUGGUCCUGUGGAGCAUCAAAUGAUGGAGAAAGUUGGUUGUAUGGAUUACUCUGUUACAGCAUGGGAACCAGUCAGGGCAGAUGUUUACCAGAGGCAAGUCCAUUACAGGAUUGACAAGAAAUCAUCACGCCAUGAGGGGGAAGUAAUGAGCACCCAACAGAGGUCUCCGUUGCCUGAUAAGAAUGGAUGGCUGGUUGAAGAAGUAGUUACAUUUGAAGGUAUCCCUGUUGGUGAAUGCUUCAAUCUCCACAUUCGGUACCAGUUGGAGCAGAUUGCGUCAAAGCAGAAGUCAUGCACUGUCCAGGUAUCUAUUGGCAUCUCAUGGUUAAAGAACUGCAAGAAUCGAAAGAAGAUCACGCAGGAGGUGGCAUCCAAAAUGUCUUCUCGCCUCAAGAAGAUAUUCAGCCAGCUAGAGAAGGAAUUUGUACCAGUUAAAUAGGAGCUAUUUUUUUUUUCUAUAUCUUACUUUUGCUGUUGCACAUAGGGAUGGAACGCCAGAAAGCAUCUCCUGGUGAUACCUUGAUUUUGAGUCUGGGCGAGCACUGUACAUAGUGAAUCCGAUUGUAGAAUCAACAUCAGAACCAAGAAUGUGGUAGGAUUGAGUGUUCAAAUAUAGCCUUCAUGUUAGAUUAGAAACAACACGAGUUGUUACUCCCUAUAGGUAAAUUACUGUUCUUUUCAACAUUUUUACUCUUUCAAAUGAACAAGAAAAUUAAAGGAAUGGAACAAAUGUUUCUUCA